GUUUGUUUAUUUUAUUGACUUUCAUAAUAGAAUUUGGCAAUAUUUAUAGCUCCAUAAAAAAACAUAUGAAGCGGAAACCUGCCUUGGUAUUUUUCUACAGCAAAAACUAUGCGCAUUUCAAAACGGCUGUGUGUUGUUACGAGUGUGUUACUUGUACUGUGUUACUGCGUGUGUCAGGAUCAAAAUCAAAGAGUCGCCGCUGCCCUGAAAAUAGCUAUGCCUGUGUAUGGAAACUACAAACAGUUGUUCACAUUAUGCCUAAAAACAUCAAUGUCUAAUCAAAGAUUCCUGGUAGACAACCUCCACAGUUACAUCAAUGCUUUUUCCAAGACGACAGUGGGUUACGCACCCCAGUUUACUGGCAAUCGAAAAUUCUUUGCGAAUAUGAUCAACACGGCUGCCUUCAAGAAUACAUUGGAAAAGGACGUUGCGACAAUACAAAGGAAUUUUGUAGAGAAAAUGAAAUUUUGUGAUUCUUCCGUUAUGGACACAGAAAAUUUAAGGCAGUAUUACGAUCGGGAGGUGGACCAGACUAAAUUAUAAAUAUAAUUACUGUGUACUUAUAUUUUAAUACGUAUCUAUACCUACUUAUGAAUAAAUGAACCUCCGCCAAUAAACUGCUGUGGCUGAAAUUCUAAAGUUCCA